UCCACGAGCUAUAUGCGCGUGCAGAUCCCGCCCUCCCUUCCUCUCGCGACUUGACUCCAGCUGCUGCAGUCGGCCUGCCUGUCUGCCUCCGAGCCUGCUGUGAGUUGGAGGGGAGAAGCCGUCGAGGGAGAGCGAGCAAGGGGGGGAAGUGUGUGCGUGUGUGCGGGUCCCAAACUGGAAACCUUUACCAACAAGCGCACACCCGCACGACUGAGACCGAGUCGAAAGACCCCCAGAUGGGUUGUUGUCACUACUUUCCAGAGAGCUGUGAAACCCGCCACGGAGACCCUGAAACUUGUGUGUGUGUUUUUUUCUGUCCUUUUUCUUCUUCUUCUUCUGUGGUAGCGGCAGCGCUGUUGCGCCGCACCGACUGCUCUGUUACUUGAGAGGAUUCACUGGUCGGAGCAGCGUUGCGCAUUGGCCCCGCUUUAUAUCCACCGUUCAUCCCGAGGGAAGAGGAGCAGCGAACAACUCUCGUUCUUCUUCCACCUUGUUGCAGAGAGAAGUCCUUUUUCAAAGUGUCAUUUCCCCCUCGUCCUGAGUGGGAUGCGACCGCUGCUGUAGGACCCCGCGGGUGGACAGUUUUUUUCCUCAAGAAGUUUCCCAACAAGCUUUCGGACAGAAGAAGUCAGAAAAUGUCCACGUCGAGGUUCAAAAAGGAUAAAGAAAUCAUCGCGGAUUACGAGAGUCAAGUCAAAGAGAUCCGGGCCCAGUUGGUGGAACAGCAGAAAUGUCUGGACCAGCAGACGGAGAUGAGGGUCCAGCUGCUGCAGGACCUCCAGGAUUUCUUCAGGAAGAAGGCCGAGAUUGAGAUGGAAUACUCCAGAAACCUGGAGAAACUGGCCGAACGCUUCAUGGCUAAGACGCGCAGCACCAAGGAUCACCAGCAGUACAAGAAGGACCAGAACUUGCUGUCCCCAGUUAACUGUUGGUACCUGCUGCUGAACCAGGUGAGGAGGGAGAGUAAGGACCACGCGACACUGAGUGACAUCUACCUCAACAACGUCAUCAUGAGGUUCAUGCAGAUCAGUGAGGACUCCACACGGCUCCUCAAGAAGAGCAAGGAAAUAGCCUUUCAGCUCCAGGAAGACUUGAUGAAGGUCCUGAAUGAGCUAUACACAGUGAUGAAGACCUACCACAUGUACCACUCGGAGAGCAUCAGCGCCGAGGGCAAGCUGAAGGAGGCGGAGAAGCAAGAGGAGAAGCAGAUCGGCCGGGGGGAGCAGGUCUUCAGCAUCCGACUGGAAGACAAAUACCAGAGACGCAGCUCUGUGAAGAAGAUCGAGAAGAUGAAAGAGAAGCGCCAAGCCAAGUACUCCGAGAACAAGCUGAAGUCGAUCAAAGCGCGGAACGAGUACCUCCUGACGCUGGAAGCGUCGAACUCCUCCGUUUUCAAAUACUACAUCCACGACUUGUCGGACCUCAUUGACUGCUGUGAUUUGGGUUACCACGCCAGUCUGAACCGGGCCCUGCGCACCUACCUGUCGGCCGAAUACAACCUUGAGACGUCGCGUCACGAGGGUCUGGACAUCAUAGAGAACGCUGUGGACAGUCUGGACCCACGGAGUGACCGGCAGAGGUUCAUGGAGAUGUUCCCGACGGCCUUCUGCCCACCGCCAAAAUUUGAGUUCCAGUCUCAUAUGGGUGACGAGGUGUGUCAGCUCUCAGUGCAGCCACCGGUGAACGGAGAGCUCAUCCUGAGGUUCCAGCAGCUUCAGUCUCGCCUGGCUACCCUGAACAUAGAGAACGAAGAGAUCAAGAAGACGUCGGAAGCCACCCUGACCACGAUCCAGGACAUGGUGACCAUUGAGGACUACGACGUGUCCGAGUGCUUCCACCACAGCCGAUCGACGGAGUCGGUCAAGUCCGCGGUGUCGGAGACGUACCUCAGCAAGCCCAGCAUCGCCAAGAGGAGGGCCAACCAGCAGGAGACGGAGCAGUUCUACUUCGUGAAAUUCCGGGAGUUUCUGGAGGGCAGUAAUCUCAUCUCCAAACUGCAGGCCAAACACGACUUGCUGAAGAGGACGCUCGGUGAAGGCCACAGAGCUGACUACAUGACCACAAGACAUCCCAAUGGGCCAUUCAGAACCCUCACCGGCACCCGGCGGGCUAGACCCCGCUCUGUUUUUAAUGUUAGGUUAUUUAAUGGCAAUUUGGAGUCAUUUAUCAAGGACUCUGGACAGGCUAUUCCCCGUGUGGUAGAAAGCUGUAUUCGCUGCAUAAAUUUGUACGGCCUCCAACAUCAAGGAAUAUUUCGUGUAUCUGGAUCCCAGCUGGAAGUCAAUGACAUCAAGAACUCUUUUGAAAGAGGAAAUGACCCCCUGACGGACGAUGAGAACGGCCAUGACAUCAACUCGGUGGCUGGCGUUCUCAAGCUUUACUUCCGUGGUCUGGAAAACCCUCUUUUCCCCAAAGAGAGGUUCAAUGAUCUGCUGUCCUCCAUCAGAAUAGAAAACCUGCACGAAAGAGCGCUGUACAUCCGGAAGAUCCUUCUGACCAUCCCCAGAUCCGUCCUCGUCGUCAUGCGCUACCUCUUCUCCUUCCUCAACCACCUGUCCCAGUACAGUGACGAGAACAUGAUGGACUCGUACAACCUGGCCAUAUGCUUCGGCCCCACGCUCAUGCCCACGCCAGACAGCCUGGACCAGGUCUCCUGCCAGGCCCACGUCAACGAGAUCAUCAAGACCAUCAUCAUCCAACACGAGACCAUCUUUCCUGACGCCAAAGAACUGGAAGGGCCCAUGUAUGAGAAGUGCAUGGCUGGAGGAGACUAUUGUGAGAGCCCCUACAGUGAGCACGGAGCACUGGAGGAAGUAGAAAACGAGGGAGGGGCAGAGACGCACACCAGUGAGGACGAGGGCGAGCCCAUUGAAGCCAUCGCCAAGUUUGACUACGUCGGGCGCUCAUCCCGAGAGUUGUCCUUCAAGAAGGGCGCCUCGCUGCUGCUGUACCAGCGGGCCUCCGAAGACUGGUGGGAGGGACGGCACAACGGCAUCGAUGGCCUGGUGCCACAUCAGUACAUUGUGGUCCAAGAUAUAGACGACAGCUUCUCAGACACUCUGAGUCAGAAGGCCGACCGCGAGGCCAGCAGCGGCCACACCGGGGACGAUAAAUGCCUGGGAAAGGACAUCGGCUCGCGCUCCGACACCCGGAUCUCUGAGGCCUAUAUCAGCAGCAGGCACAAGAAAAGAUCGGAGCCGCCAUCCCGGCGGCCCCCGGCCCGGCCCAACGACGUCCACUGCAUGGCGCAUCCCUCCCAGCACGGCCACGGGGGACACGCGGGCCCCCCGGAGACGGGCUCCCCAGUUCUCGGCCACUUCAGCCCACGGGACGUGCUGCGGAGCCGCGGCCACGUGCCCACGGACAGCCCCGAGCGCCGCCACCGCACCGGCCACGGCGGCCUGGCCAACGUCAGCCGCAACGAGUCGCUGAAGAAGACGGAGAGCCCUCCGAUCCGCCGCUCCACCUCCUCGGGCCAGUACGCCGGCUUCACCGACGGCCACCACCACCACCACGGGGGCAAGUCCCUGGAUCCGGAGACCAUCGCACAGGACAUAGAAGAGACCAUGAACACUGCUCUGAAUGAGCUGCGUGAGCUGGAGCGUCAGAGCUCGGCGAAGCACGCCCCCGACGUGGUGCUGGACACCCUGGAGCAGCGGCAGACGUCCGGCGGCGGCGGCGGGGGGGGGGGUCCCACGCCGGCCAGCUCCAGCGAGUCCCUGAGCCCCAUCCACGGCAUCACGCUGAGGUCCACCGCCCACACCGAGCCCCCCAUCCGCCGCAGCACCAGCUCCUCCAGCGACGCCAUGAGCACGUUCAAGCCUCUGGUCGCCCCCCGCAUGGGGGUGCAACUCAAACCCCCCGCCUUGAGGCCCAAGCCCACGCUGCUGCCCAAGUCCAGCCAGGCCUCCCUGCCGCCGGCGCCGUCUGCUCAGGACCCUCUGGACAAGUCCUGCACCAUGUAACUCUGGGACGGGGACGAGGGACGGCAAACGGAGAAACGAUGGAUGUCCAGGAGGCUGCGAAAAAUUCUCCCCCGCGUCUCGUCUUCAGACGGACGACGUGUCGGAGCGUCGGCCGGACAACGCUUCUGUCUCGUUGGCGUUCACAGUGAUGUGUCAUUAUGCUUAGUUUAAUACGAUCUAACACAUGUCUUUUUCUUUUCUUUUCUUUUUUAAAAAAAUAUAUUCAAACCACAAAUCACAACGGCUUCCUUCAAGGUUUAAGAGAAACGCGCCCGAGUUAGUUCAGUCUAGACUCCCGGAGCGUGGCGCUCCACUGUUGAACCACUGGACCGGAGCGGGAGGCGUUCUCUAGACGAUGUACUUUCCUUUCUUUCUUUCUUUCUUUGCUCUUUGCGGCCCAUCGAAGGCGUCGUUGCACGGCCGUUGAGACGCAACUGGUUUCACAUGUUAAAAGGUAUGACAACGCUGCUGUGACUAGCUGGGCAGAAAUGGUGUGAAGGGCGGACCGACUCCGGGCCGGAGGAGCCCUCGAUACUUUCAUAGAUGAUAGAAGGGACGAGCAGCUUCCUUCACUCGCGUGUACACUCUGCUACUUCCUUUGGCCAGGCAAAUGUACAAAGAUCACCUCUGUGCUGGAUUCGCUCACAUUAAUUGUAACAUGCUUCCACCUGGCCUGGAUGAGAUGUGACUUGGAUAAAACCACUACUUCAUUAUGAACUGCGUUUGCAUUUGAUGCAUUCUUGACUCCCUGCGUCAGUAACUCACGAUGCAGCUGUAACGUACGCCUCGCGGUAACUUAUGCCUUUGCAUCCGUACAAGAAAUGGUGGAGCAGCGUGAAAAAAAAAAUAUGAUGACCAAUCAUCUCCUACCUUCAGUAUAUAUACGACACAUAAUGCGAUAUUACACGCCACAGCUUCUUUUUGCGCUUUGCUUUGCUCGAUCUGCCCAAAGACACGACCGUACGAGGAGACGGCAUGGAUGUGACCCCUCCAUAUGGAUGUGUGUAUAUAUAUAUAUAUAUAUAUACACACACAAUGUCGGCGUACUUCCUGUUGACUCAUGUUGGCGCCCUGUGCUGCCGGUAGCCAUGGCCCUCAUGACUGUUGGUGUGAAUGUCCCCCGGCUCCCUCCGCCUCUGCUUCAUGAUCAGGGGAGAAGCUCCGCCAUGUCGGUUUGUGUGCUGCUCUCACGGAUACGGAGUCUUUUCUCCGGGGAUGAUGACGACGCCUCUAAAUGCCGAGGUGGAGGAAGUCUCUGAUAAAGUGUGUGUGUGUCGAUCGAGUCGUACUUUAAAAUGCAAUAGCCCCGUAACGUAUGUGCCAGACUUGCACACCCUCGGCUGCGUCUUCUUCCAAAGUCGCGGUCGUGCAGCAGAAGCGCGUCCUUUGUUCUUCUCACAACACAGAAGACUUGGUUUGCAAUGAAUGAGCGAUGCUCUCUAACAGCAGGUUUACACUCUCUUUGACUUGACAGAUAAUGUGUGUGUGUAUAAUAGACAAAAGAUGAUUCAUUUCUGACUUACUAACUUUCAUUAUUUUUGUAAUAUUUGUUUUGUGUUUCUGGGUAGAAGCGACUUGGAGAAAAUGAUGUAGAAUAAAUAUCCAGCGUCGCCGUAUAGAUCCAGAUGUAAAAACACAAAAGAGCAAAGUGCUUCUGUCCCGUUGUCGUCAACGGUUCUGCAGGCGGGGAGCUGCUCCGUGGGGGCCGCACACCGGGAGCAUGGACUUGUGAAAGUGCCUUUGAACAUGUUUUAGAGGAACUUCAGACAUUCUGUACUGGUGCAUUUUCAUGACAGAUGCUGUGUUGUUGUUGUUUUUGUUUAGGUUUUUUUUGGAGAAGUUGCAGUGCAGGAAGAACGUGAAUAAGUAAAGAUGCCAUUUUCCAAACAGUUAUAUGAUGGAAUGAAUAAUAAAUAAACAGCUUACCCAUUG